GAAUGACACCACGACUGCAGCUCUUCAUCACUUUACUGCUUCACUUUGAAGGAAUCUGUGGUGUACAGUAUUGGCUUACAAGACCUGGAGGUUACGUCAUUUUAGCGUCUAACAUUGGUUCAUCAUCCAACCAAUGUUCUGAUGUUGAAUGGAUUCAUUACAAAGAUCUAAAGGCAAACAGACAUGUCACGUUUCUUUAUGGAAGUACUGUGAAGACGUCACCUGGAGCUGACAGGAUGAGUUUGAGCAGUAACUGCUCUCUGAUCAUCAACGACAUCACUGCUGAAGAUGAUGAUUGUUACAGGUGUAGGAUUGGAGAUGAAUACUGUUCGAUGUAUACGUGUGUGAAUGUUGUAACAGCAGGAAUCAAUGAGGAAAUCGUUCUCCAUCACAGAGCUGGAGAUGACGCCGUUUUACCGUCUAACGUUCAUUCUUCUUCCGGCCACUGUCCUACACUUGACUGGGUUUACGUCAACAUUCAACAUAUAAAAUCACACUACAAUGUUAAUGAUGGAGAGAUUGUGAAGACGUCACCUGGAGCUGACAGGAUCAGUUUGAGAAGUGACUGCUCUCUGAUCAUCAACAACAUCACUGCUGAAGAUGCUGGUCAAUACAACUGUUGGAUUAGAAAAACUGUUGGUUCCUCCCACACACAACGUGUGUUCCUGAAUGUUUUAACAGUCUCUCCAUCUCCACCAGAUGUGGAUCCAGGAAGGUAUGGAGAUGUGACAUUACGCUGUUCUCUGGUGAGACACAGUGUUUUGGGUUCCUGUGAGCAGAACAGCAUCGUCUGGGUGGAUGAGACAGGAAGUGUGCUGCUUGGUGAAGGUGAUGGGUUUGUGUCUGGAGGACAGAACAACUGUGUUUCUGAUCUUAUGGUGAAACAGAGACGCUCCAAGAGAAGAUUCACCUGCCAGGUUGUUGAAGGAGACAGAGUGGAGAUA